AUGGGCGCCGAUAUUGAGAUACUAGACGCCGCUGAUACCAUCGGUGUAGAGGAGCCGAAGCAGAUCAAGCUAGCCAACGUGGGCGAGGGCGAGCCUAAAAUGAAGGAAGAGUUGAAACACCUGGGCUCUCUUAACCGGCGGCUCAAGUCUAGACAUGUCCAGUUCCUGGCCCUGUCUGGUGCUAUUGGCACGGGACUGUUUGUCGGCAGCGGCCAGGUUUUAUCUCUGGCUGGCCCCCUCUCUGCCUUUAUAUCAUAUGCGGUGACGGGCUUCAACUUGUUUUGCGUCAUCAAUUGCCUGGGAGAGAUGGCGGCCUGGUUGCCCAUACCCGGUUGCGUUCCCAUCUUUGCGACUCGGUACGUCGAUGCCCUGGGAUUCACGCUGGGGUGGAACUAUUGGAACCAGGUUGCCAUUGGCGUACCCGUCGAGGUGAGUGUCUGCUGCGUCGUCGUCGACUACUGGAAGAACACUAUACCCAGUGCAGCCCUCAUCACCAUCUUCUUCGCCGCCAUGGUCGUCGUCAACUGCUUGCCCGUUCACGUCUAUGGCGAAGUCGAGUUUGCCUUUGGUGCCGUCAAGCUCACUACCAUUGUCGGCCUGAUCCUGCUCAUGCUCAUCAUUACCGGCGGCACUGGUCCUGACGGCGAGGCUAUUGGCUUUCAAUUCUGGAACAAUCCCGGCGCCAUGAACACGCUAUUCGGUAGCGAGACGGUAGUAGUGGCGUCGGGCGAGACUGAUGAUCCACGUCGCAACAUCCCAAAGGUUGACGAUGACAAGCUCAUCGAUGCCAUUGACAGCGACGCCCCCGGCGCCAACCAGAGCCCCUUUGUCGUCGCCAUUGCCAACAGCGGCAUCGAGAUCCUUCCAGGGAUCAUCAACGGUGUUGUCCUCACGUCGGCCUGGUCGGCGGGCAACUCCUUCUUCUACACCUCGACGCGGGUCCUGUACGCUGCCGCUCUCGAUGACAAGGAGCCCUCAUUUCUUCGCUUCGAGCGGUUCGGCGUGCCGUAUGGCUGCGUGGCCCUGACGACGGCUCGGGGAUGUCUGAGUUACUUGGAUGCCAACAACCGUUCGUCAGAUGUCUUCUUCUGGAUCAGCAACCUCAGUGCCGUCAGCACCCUCAUCGUCUGGGCCAGUGUCUGCUACACUUACCUCUGCUUCUACCAAGAGCUCAAGUUCCACGGUAUCGACCGUGACAACAUCCCCGCCAAGACAAUCAUCCCGCCGUACAUUGAUAUCCCCAUUGUUACUGUGCUCUUCUGUGACUACAAGCUGGUCAAGAAGACUAAAUUUGUCAAGGUAAUCUGUACAGGAGAUGGACCUUUGGUCAGGGAAGGCUGA